AUGUAUUGUCUUUCCUCCUUUAUUUCUCACCACUCUCUCUCCUUUUUCGACUGUCAUCAUAAAUACUUUGGUUACCUACGAUUUGCCUCUCUUUUCACUGUAAGUCAACAAAUUAACUACCGCCAUCCCCUUUCUCAAUCUACACUUUAUUUCUCCUCACUCCUCGCUUCGUUAAUCCUUCGUCACUCUAAAUCUAUGUCUUCAUUUUCUACCUUCACCUCCCCUGACUAUUCAUUCUCCGUGCCAGCACCGUUCGUCGCCUACAGUGCCCCGGUACUUAUCUCUCUUAAGGAGUUGACAACACACUUUGAUGAUCAAUCAAUUUUUAUUCUUCAGUUUCUUCCCUGCGGGGACGAUAUGGCUCCCGACACCCCGACCAACAACGACAACUCAAACCAUUGCACUAGAACAUAUGUUUUGCCCUGCAUCUUCAACGACACGGAUACCCUUGGAUGA